UGACAGUCUGCAAGACCAGUUCAAGGAAUGGCAGCAGAAGAAGCAGUUGUCCGUGCGCGAAUCGCCGCCUUGAAGAGCCUUCUUGACACACAGGACCGACAGUCGGCCACGAGCAUGUCUUAUGGACAUGCCAGGUACAAUAAUGCGCCCCAUCCACGCCAUGUUCGGCACACAUCCCGUGCACCUGUCCGACGAAAUCCGUCAUUUCCCACACCCCACUCCAAGCCUCGGCACCUCACAUGGACGCCCCCUGAUGAGUCUUCUUCGUCGUCAUCAUCAUCAUCUACAACACAUCUAUCUUCGCUCGCGCCAUCCCUUUCAACAGCAAUGACGACGACCAACCCCCCAAAACGCCCGGCAUCGGUCACUACACUCGCGCUUGAAGAUGGCAUGUAUCGCAAGAUGGGACGCGGGUUCAAACUUCGUCGAGAAGACACGCUUCCCAAGUCAGCUGUGGAAGUGAGCGCAGCCAUCGCCACGACCAAACAGAAACAACCUUCUCCACCCCCACCGCCUGCUCCAGUUGUCAUAUCCUCAAUGCCUCGUCCUCUACCACCACCAUCUACACUCACCCGUCGCCCCACCCCGUUGCAUCGUGGCAGUUCCGCACCUGUCCCACAUCCUCGCACGGAACUCUGUCUCUUUUACAUCAAGCACGGCGAAUGCAAACACAAGCACGCGUGCUUGUUCGUCCACGACAGCCGGACGAUCUCCAUGUGCCGACCGUUCCUCCGCGGCGCCUGCCCCCAUGCGUCGGCGUGCCGAUUAUCACAUACCCCCGACCAGCACAAGAUGCCGGACUGCGCCAUGUUUCUCAAGGGUCUGUGCUCGCGGGAAGGCUGCAUGUACCGCCAUGUCAACGUAAGUCGACAAGCCGCUACAUGCGACGCCUUUUCCCUGCGCGGGUACUGCGCAGAUGGCGCCACUUGCCAGCACAAGCACGAGUUCGCCAAAGGUACUAGUAGUAGUCGCAUCCUGUACAGACAAGGAGGCCAGACAUCGGUAGCCUAUGGCCACAUGCUGCAUGUCCUGAAUGAUGACUCGAUGGGAAAUGACCCCACCCCCCCCGUCGAAGGGUCUUUGAACCUUCGGCCCACGAUUCGAUUCACCCCCAAAGUAGUUUAAAGAACAACACGAGAACAACUGGUUACUUUUGCACUUUUGUGGCUGCUGCUGCUUGCUCACGGGACUGAACGCGCUUCAUCUGGGCGUCCACGGCCACUUUGGCCCGCUUGGCGUCGACACCGCGGCCGCACGUGUGGAUGAUCGUGCGCUGCGAAGAAGAUGGCGGCGCCUUGGCGUCGUCUUCGCGCUUACGCUUGCCCUUGGGCGGCGGCGUGAGCAAGUCGACCUUGUGCGUCGAGCUUUUCUCGGCAGAUGGCGGGACUGGCAAUAGCGUCAGCGGUGCCGCGUCCGCGUGCUUGCGCGCAAGCUUCUCGCGGAUACGGGUCACUUGUGCGGUCUCAGGGAGGGGUUCAAAUAUCCGUCGUGCUGUUAUCGUUGGCUUUGUCGGAGUCAACAAAGCAGCAGCGGUAGCUGCAACGGCCUCCUUGGUAUCCGUCUCCUUGCCGUCCUCAGACUUUGCGUCCUCGUUGUCCUUAGUCUUCUCAAGAGGAAGCGUCGCUGCCGCUGCUUCGGCGGCUUGCACUAGCGCUCGACGCCUACCUUGAUACACCAUGAUGAUGAUUCAACGAUUUUG